UUUUGUCAGUGUCCCAAAGCCUACGGUACGCUAAGCGUGUGAGAAAUGUUACGUAGGCGUGCGCGGCGUUGUGGGGGCCGACGCGAGAUCGCGAGGGGGGACUUUCGGUCUGCGAAAAUCGGUUAUUGAGGCAGCUGGGAACGUCAACGCCAUGGCUCAACAGAAGAACCUGGAGGGAUAUGUGGGUUUCGCAAACCUCCCCAACCAAGUGUACAGAAAAUCGGUGAAGAGGGGCUUUGAGUUCACCCUCAUGGUUGUCGGGGAAUCUGGUCUGGGGAAGUCGACGCUGAUCAACUCCUUGUUCCUGACAGACUUGUAUUCUGGCGAGUAUCCUGGGCCUUCCCACAGAAUCAAGAAGACCGUACAGGUGGAACAAUCCAAGGUGCUAAUAAAGGAAGGGGGGGUCCAGCUUCUCCUCACAAUAGUUGACACCCCAGGAUUCGGUGAUGCCGUGGACAACAGCAACUGCUGGCAGCCCGUCAUCGACCACAUCGACAGUAAGUUUGAGGAUUACCUCAACGCCGAGUCCCGCGUCAACCGGCGUCAGAUGCCCGACAGCAGGGUUCACUGCUGCCUGUACUUCAUCGCCCCCUCAGGACAUGGACUCAAGCCACUGGACAUAGAGUUCAUGAAAAGGCUACAUGAGAAGGUGAACAUCAUUCCCCUUAUUGCCAAGGCGGACACACUGACUCCUGAAGAGUGCCAGCAGUUCAAGAAGCAGAUCAUGCGUGAAAUUCAAGAACACAAAAUCAAAAUCUACGAGUUCCCAGAGACGGAUGACGAGGAGGAGAACAAGCUGGUGAAGAAGAUCAAGGAUCGCCUCCCCCUGGCCGUCGUCGGUAGCAACACCAUCAUCGAGGUCAACGGGAAGCGCGUCCGAGGGAGGCAGUACCCCUGGGGCGUGGCUGAAGUGGAGAACAGUGAGCACUGCGAUUUCACGAUCCUCCGGAACAUGCUCAUCAGGACCCAUAUGCAGGACCUGAAGGAUGUGACCAACAAUGUCCACUACGAGAACUACAGGAGCCGCAAGCUGGCGGCCGUCACCUACAACGGCGUGGACAAUAACAAGAGCAAGGGUCAGCUGACCAAACUUGAUACAGUUGAAGGCAUGAGCCCAUUGGCACAGAUGGAAGAGGAGAGGAGGGAACAUGUGGCCAAGAUGAAGAAGAUGGAGAUGGAGAUGGAGCAGGUGUUUGAGAUGAAGGUCAAGGAGAAAAUUCAGAAGCUGAAAGACUCUGAGGCAGAGCUGCAGCGGCGUCACGAGCACAUGAAGAAGAACCUGGAGGCUCAGCAUAAGGAGCUGGAGGAGAAGCGGCGGCAGUACGAGGAGGAGAAGGUCAACUGGGAGGCACAGCAGCGCGUGAUGGAGCAGGCGAAGCUGGACGCCUCCAGGACCUUGGAAAAAAACAAAAAGAAGGGGAAGAUAUUUUAAAGUAUUUGAGGACCACUAUGCUUUGACGUACUGGCUGCCAACGUACCGGCCUGGACCUCCACAUCUGUCCAACGACGCGGCUCUCUGCAUGAGGAGAGGGCCGGUUCGCUGCGGUCCAUGGCCCCCCACCCCCCACUCCCCCCCGCAUGAAACCUGCCAUCACAGCCGGGCUGAAGCCAUCUUAAUCAUCUUUUAGGUUUAAUCUUCCCUAGUUUCAAACCGAUGUCUCCCAUCAUGUUAAAAGCAAACAGUCCCCUGUUGUACAAUCGUGUUUUGGUGGUUGGUCGUUUAAACAUCCAAAAGUAUAAUGUGUUCUUCCGUUAUUUAAAAAAAGAAAACCCAUGUCUAACGUUAUUGUUGAACUAAACUUCAUGAACUUGUCUCAGAAUGGUUCUGAUGGUCAGAUGUAACUGGGCAGAGCAGCCUGACCAGCUGCCGGGGACUCGGACAUCACGGACACCUAAAGGCUGAAACUUCACCUCUGGCUUUUUUUUUUCUUUAUUUUUUUUUAAGAAGAAUGUUUAUUCCUACCCCGUCCCCUCUUGUCACGGUUAAUCCUUUUCCACAUAUUGUAAUUUAAAUUAUCUAGCCAUGGACAGUAAUCUAUAAAGAUAUUCAUUUAACGUUACAUUUAGUUUUAUUUUAAUUUUUUGCAUAUAUUGGCCCUGCUAAGAUGCUUUUGUGUUUUUCUGUUGUAUGUUAGACACUGGGGGAGCCGCUCUUUGACCAGUACAUUCGAUGCCCACCCCCAGAGCCAAUAAGUAAUGACAGCCCCCAAAAAUCUGCUUGUGUGAAUCUACUCACAUUCGUUUUUUUUUCUUUUCUUUGUGCCACAUAUAUAUGGAAGCCCAUUUCCGGCAGUAAAAAAAUAAAAAAUAAAAAAUGAAAGUCGUAAAAAUUUCGACUUUUUUUCUCAUAAUUUUGACUUUUUAUCUCUUAAUUAUGACAUUCUAUCGUAAUUUCGGGUUUUUAUCUCAUAAUUAUGACUUUGUAUCUCGUAAUUUCAACUUUAUAUUCCUUUUUUUUUUUUACUGGCAGAAAUGGGCUUCCAUAAAUAAAAUUUGUUCAUUACUGCAUUUUUUUCUCUUUCCAUUUGUAUUUUUUUUGUUUUUUUUUUAUUGUACAAAGUCGCAUAAUAAACUUGUGAUGGUA